AUGCUCGCCACAACACUCAUUCUUGCCACAGCACAGCUGGCCGCCGCGAUAAAUUUUGCAGACUACGAUCCACAACCUGGGCUUCCGGCGGAGGUGAAGCCAUUUCUUGAGGCCCUCGUCAACGCAGCUGAGGACGGCAGUGUCACAACUGGCUAUACUGACUACUUCCCUGCCGAUGGUAUGCAGACAACUGAGUCUAUCCACUGCGUCGGUGCCGCAGGUAUUCAGAAAUGCAAGGAUGCAUUCCUUGUCAAUGGCAGAGAGCUUGUACACUUCCCAAACAAGACAUUUGUUGCAUCCAACAAUGAGACCGCCACAACAUAUGAAUCAUGGGGCCGCAUGGAGCAGACCUAUCCGGCGCCUAUAAGCAACUGCUCUCAGCUUUACUACCAAACUCAGUACACGGUCCUGAAGACCAACAAGACCGUAGAUGCUCUCCCGAACCUGACACCUGAGCCCCAACAACAGGUAUACUGGUACCAUGACCUUGUUGUGAGCCCUUUUGCUUUGGUCUCGGACAUUCCAUGCGACAGCCAAAAGACAGCUAAGAGGGCCCUGCCGUUCAAGGGGUAA